UUUUAAAUAUUGCAUCAUACUGGGGAAAUAUUAAAACAUUAUCAAAAAAACUCUAGGAAGAGCUAUCGUUUUUGGAGUUGUGUUUCGCUGAAACACGUUUAUCUUGCUUAUCUCAUGGGUAAUAUUGAGAAAAAUUUAAUCAGCUCAGCUGUUACAAAUGCUUGUGCUGUCGCCUGUGGCAUAUUUUUAGGAUAUUUCCUUAAGGGAUGGUUGAAACGUAGACAAUCUAGUAAAAGUGUUGAUUUAAAUGCCACUAUGGAAGAACAGAGCUUUUCUGACCUGGUUCAAGGUGAUCACAAGUUAGUUCUUGUUGUUCAGAAUGGAUUGAAAAUGGGUAAAGGCAAGGUUGCUGCACAGUGUUCACAUGCAUCUGUCAUGGCUUACAAGAGUUGUGCAAAAUCAAAACCUGAAGUUCUGAAGAAAUGGUUGCAAAGUGGUCAAAGGAAGGUGGUUGUAAAAGUAGAUGACGAAGAAAUGCUUUUACGUGUAGCUGUGGAAGCAAGAAAUAGUGGAUUGAUAACAAGCUUAGUAUGUGAUGCAGGACGCACCCAAAUUCCAUCUGGCAGCAAGACAGUGUUAGGAGUUGGACCUGGUCCAGAAUCAAAAAUUGACAAAAUAACUGGAAAUCUGAAACUCCUAUGAUGAAAGCUGUACUUAAUAACUAAAUGGUUUUGUGAACAUCUCAUGAUCCUAAUUAUUUAUUUACUCAUCACCAUCAAUCAAUAUCAUUUGUUAUGGAAACAUUGUAUCAAUGUCUGCAGCAUUAAUUUUUUGAUGACUGGCUUUAAAAAAGACAUACUCAAUGCUCAUUUUCAUACGAAAAUUCAAAUUUAGAUGCAGUGAAAUCCUGUUACUAUGAAUACCAAUGCAAAAAAAUAUCCGGUUCAAUGAAGUAAAUUUUCAGUCCUGAUUUAAUUUUCACUACAUUGCUUCAAUUCCAUUACAACAAAUAAAAUUACCGGUCCCUUGAUGUUCGUUGUAACAGGAUUUCACUGUAUUAUUCUUUUGGAAGAAAGAUAUUAACUGUUACAGCGCAUUUUUGAUCUCAUAUUCCUUAGCAGAGACCUUGCACAGCCGCUAUUUUGCCACCCCUCUCAGGAAUUUCAAUCCAAAUAGAAUCAAGCUAGAUUAUUAAUUUAUUUCUAAAAAUUGAUCUAAGACUUUUCAAGUGGCAG